CAUAUUUCUUUGAUUACAUUUAACUGCCAAAUUAUAAAGUUCGUUAAGUAAUUAGUAUACGCUUUCUUUGUAGGAAGACGUAUAUUCUGAAUGGUCAGAUGACGAGAUGUACUUUAAUAUUAAUGUGGCUGUCAAUAAAGACAAAGAAAGUAAAGACGAGCAACAUGUACAUGAACAUGAAAAACAUGGUAGUAAAAAGGAGCAGCAGGUGAAUCAAUCUGAAAAACAGCCUAGUAACCAGGAUCAACAUGUGAAUGAUCAAGAAAACCAGGCUAGUGACGAACGUGUGAAUGAACAUGAAACAUGUGCAAGUAACGUGGAGCAGCACAUAAAUGAAUAUUGAAAACAGGCUAAUAAUGAGGUACAACACAUGAAUGAAAAUGAGAUACACGCUAUUAAUAUGGAACAACACAUAAAUGAACAUAAAAUAAAGGUUAGUUACGAAGUACAACUUGUGGAUGCAAAUGAAAAUCAGACUAGUAACAAGGGAGAAUAUGUAAAAGAACAUGAAAAUGAAAUACAGGAUCAAAACGUGAAUGACAAUGAGAUACGUACUAGUAACGAUGGUCAACACAGGAACAAACAUAAAAAGCAGACAAAAAACAAGGGACAACAUUUGAAUGAACAUGAAAUACAGGAUAGCAGCGGCGGACAAAACGUAAAUGAAAUCAAUGAGAGACGCCCAACAUCAAAUUGAUCGGGAGACUAGAGUGAACUUUGUUUAUACAAGUUCUUCUGAUGACGAUAUACCACUUUCAAAGUUACUGGAAUAUAAUUUUAAAGGAAAAGAAAGGAAGUCUGUUUGGCGAAAGUUAAUCGAUUCAAAUACUGAGUAUUCUGAUGAUUGUAAUUAGGACAUAUUAUAAUUAUGAUCUA